AUGGUUAGAGCUGAGGUGAAAGGAACAAUGGCCGGAUCUGGACAAGAAACAGAAUCAUUGCCACAAACCAGACGUCGAUCGGUAGGCCUAUUCAACCGCGUGUGGACAGCAGUACUUCAUCUGCUGUGUAUUCGAAGAAACGAUGAAACAUCAACAAAUAAUAUCGCGGAUAAUAAUCAACAAACCAGAAAUAUCGUUGAUGAUAAACUAACUGCAGACGAUCAUGCCAGUCAUCAAGCUUGUGCAAGUUGCAGCCUCAAACAAUGUGCCACUCCGAAAACUAAGAUCAUCCCGACUCCAAGAAAGUCGGAAACUUUUUCAACAAGUUCAGCCAAACAGCCCAAGGCUACAUCGAUUCAUCUUGGCACUGGCUACUUAACUUCUGAGAUAAUUUCCCAAUUCAAUUUAUCAAUUGGUGUAUUUAUCCCAUCAAUGUUUGAUACCAGCUCAACAUCUGAAAUUUCAUCUUUAAAUCUAUCAUAUGGUGAGGAGAUCUCACCAAAUGCUGAUGCUUGCUCGACACCUAAAAGUUCGUCAUCAAAUCUAUCGCAUGGUGAGGUGACCCUGUCGAACUUUGAUACCAGCUCAACAUAUGAAAGUUCGUCAUUAGAUCUAUCAUACGAUAAAGUGCCAUCGAGUUUUGAUAUCAGUUCAGCAUCUGAAAGUUCUGCAUUAUAUCUAUCACCCGGUGAAGUGAUCCCUUCGAGUUUUGAUGUCAGCUCAACAUCUGAAAGUUCUAAAUUAUACCUCUCACCCGGUGAAGUAAUCCCAGCGAUGUUUUAUGACAGCUCAACAUCUGAAAUCAAUUUAUCAAUUGGUGUAUUUAUCCCAUCAAUGUUUGAUACCAGCUCAACAUCUGAUAUUUCAUCAUUAAAUCUAUCAUAUGGUGAGGAGAUCUCACCAAAUGCUGAUGCUUGCUCGACACCUAAAAGUUCGUCAUCAAAUCUAUCGCAUGGUGAGGUGACCCCGUCCAACUUUGAUACCAGCUCAACAUAUGAAAGUUCGUCAUUAGAUCUAUCAUACGAUAAAGUGCCAUCGAGUUUUGAUAUCAGUUCAGCAUCUGAAAGUUCUGCAUUAUAUCUAUCACCCGGUGAAAUGAUCCCUUCGAGUUUUGAUGUCAGCUCAACAUCUGAAAGUUCUGAAUUAUAUCUCUCACCUGGUGAAGUAAUCCCAGCGAUGUUUUAUGACAGCUCAACAUCUGAAACUUCAACAUUAAAUCUAUCACCUGGUGAGGUAAUCCCACUGAUGUUUGAUGAUGUUAUAUCAACGUCUGAAAGUUCUGAUUUAUAUCUAUCACCCGGUGAGUUGAUCCCAUCGAUGUUCGAUGUCAGCUCAAUUGGAAUUGGAAACAAGGAUUUGUCAGAAACUGAAGAUAUACCUGCUUCUGUUUCCACGCAGAUGCUUAACCAAAUCUAG